AUGUGGCAAGACAUCGAAGUACAUGUGCGCAGUUGUGACCAAUGUCAAAGACGCAGCACUCGCAAAAUCGAAGUUCCCCUUACUCCAUCCAUUCCCAGCACAAUCUUCACAAAGAUACACGUUGAUCUCAUGGACAUGCCCGAGUCUCGUGGAUACAAGUCAAUUAUUACCGCUAGAGACGAACUUACUCAAGCAGCGGAGGGACGUGCUCUCAAAAAUAAGAAGGCCAAGACGGUUGCCCGCUUCUUUUGGACACAGAUUAUCUGUCGAUAUGGAGCAAUCGCACAAGUUGUGACCGACAAUGGACACUUUAUCAUUCGCGAAGCUAUACUCAAGUCAUGUGAAGGAGAUCCCAAACGAUGGCCAGACAAAGUCCAUCACGCAUUCUUCGCAGAUAAAUGUCUUGCACGGAGAGCAACAGGGUUCUCUCCUUUCUACUUGCUACAUGGAGUCGACCCAGUCCUUCCCUUCGACUUGGCAGAAGCAACGUUCUUAGUGGAAGGCUUCCGCCAAGAAAUGCCGACAGCACAACUCCUUGCUCUGCGUAUUCGACAACUAGAGAAACGACCUGAGGAUAUUCAGAAAGCCGCCAUGUCUAUAACGAAAUCACGCUUCCAAGCAAAGUGGAGAUGGGAAAAACACUUCGCUCGCAGAUUUCUCCCAGAAGGAACAAUCCAACCAGGAACGCUAGUCUUAGUACGGAACACACGGAUUGAGAAACAUCUGAACAAGAAACAGUAUCCUCGAUACAGUGGACCAUACGAAGUUUAUCGACAGACAAAGCAAGGCUCUUAUGUGCUAAAGGAACUAGAUGGAACCAUCGAUCGACGAGCCAAAGCAGCAUUCAGAAUCAUGCCCUAUAUUCAGCGAAGACCCAGGCUCCCUGGACAGAAGAAGCAUCGGGAAGCGCAGCCAGAUAUCGACUUCUCAGAUUGGGAAUUAGAUGAAAUUAGUGACGACGAAGAUGACCUGGAUAUAAUCCAUCAAGCAGAGAUGGAAGCGAAGAGUAUCAAUAAGACCAAGAAACAAUCUCGAGUUGGCCACGGACGGCGACAUAGGAAACAUUCAGAUAGCACCGACACUUCAGAAGGAGAAGAAUCAUUAUAG